UCUUUAGCUACGUGAAUUACUAGAGGUUAGAAAAUAUCGAAUUAAAUACUUCCAAGACUCAGGUAUCUAAAACGUUCAUAAAAAUAUAUAACAUGUUUACAUAUGUAUUACGUAAGUCAAUAAAACGAGUAUAUUAAUCGCGUUAUCUCAAAAUUAAAUUUUUUUGAAUUAUAAUAAGAACGAUUUUGAAAUGUUGCAAAUAGAAACCAGUGUAAUGUUUUCUUAAUUGUGAUCAUUUUUAUAUCUACACUAACUUAAAACGAAGAAUGAAAGCUAUAUUAUGUUCUAAUUUAUAGAAAGAAAAUGACGUGGAAUCCUUUAAAGAAAAAUCAUCUGACAUUGAGACCAACACCAGCAUCACCUCUGUUAUCUCAUACAGAGGAUAGAGAGCUUGAUGUUGCGGUUCAAAAACUUAUUUAUGUUGAAGACACAAUCAGAAAGCUAACUAAAGAGAUGAAGAGGUACAUAGAGGCUGUAGUAAAUUUGGAUCGGGCAGAUCAAAGAUUAACGCUAAAUUUAACAACCUGUGGCUUGGCACACCUUAGUAAUGAAUUUAGGAAAGUGGUGGAAGAUUAUCAUUCGGUUACAACACAGAUUGGGAAAACUGUGCAAGAUAUGGCAGCGCUUUGUCAGAAAACUUUUAUAGAGCCCUUAAAAAAAUUACGAGACGAGUUUGUUCUAAUCGCUGCAGCAAUAGCAAAACGAGAAGAGUUGGUUACUACUUGGAAAUACUCUUAUAAUCGGGUUAAAAAGUUACAAGAGAAAAAAGACAGAACUGCUAGUCAUAUUGCAAAAUUGGAGAGAGAGCGUAGAACAGAAGAAGCAGCUGCCAAGGACUUGAAGACUGUACAUGCUCAAUUACUCAUAGAACUACCCUUGUUUUUAGAAAAGAGACUAGAAUAUAUCAAGCCUAGUGUACACGCUUUGAUCAUGAUACAGUUAGAUUACUAUGGAAAUACGACACGGCUAUUUACACAUUUAAUGCCAGUUCCAAAUGCUUCAGAAUCGCCCUCUAGUGCUAUGAUACCUGAAGAUGAAUAUCAACGAGCAAUGUCCAAUCAUAUGAAUAGAAUAAGAGCUCUUACCAUCGUUAAAGAUCAUUGAAGGUCGUGAGAAUCGUUAACAGC